AUGUUUACAGAAAAUCAAAAUAAUAAUCAAAGACAUGCACUUAAAACUGAAAUUAAAACAGUUUUUAAUUCAGAUAGUGGUGUUACUUAUUUUUCAAUUUUAAUUGAAACAUCAUCAAAAAUGUCAUUGUAUAAUGUAAUUAUUAAGACAUUUAUUACUCAACUUCAAAAAGCUAAUAGAGAGUGUCAAAUUCAAAUCAUUACCUAUGGUGAUAGUGUUAAUACAAUCUUUGAAUUUGAUUCGGAACCAAAUGAAUUAAAAGAUAGCUUAAAAGAAAUUAAAUUCUCUAAAGAUAAUGAAGAAGCAAAAUUGGGUGAAGCAAUGAGAAUGUGUUUCAAUAAUAUCGAAUCCAAUUGGUCCAGUGAUUUAAUGUCAAAGAUCAUCAUCAUCAGUUCGGGUCAAUCUACUGAUGAUUCAAGUGAUGAUUUAGUUGAUAUCUUGAGUUUGGAUAAUAAUAGUAUCUAUGGUUUGGCAGGCUGCAACCUAGCAAACAAAUCAUCCGAUGAGGCUGUAAAAGAUUUGCAAUCACUUUUACCAGACCAAAAAGUUAUCCCAUUGGGUAAGAAUCCAAGCCAAGACAUUAGAUUGUUGAUGAAUGGUGGUGGUGGUGCUGCCAAUGGUGGUGGUGCUGCCAAUGGCGCAUCGUCCAGUGACGAACAUUCAAUUAAUUGUCCAGUCAAUAUUGAGGUUUAUCCACACACAAAUGAAACCAAAUCGAUUAAGGACGAUUUACUAUUGGAUGUAGUAAUUAAACCAGAUGGUAACACAGCAUCGGUACCAUCAGGUACAAAGAUUAAAUUCUUAUCAAACAAGUACUACUCUGGCUAUACCAUUCAAUUGAAACAAAAUUUAGUAUUUGGUGAACCAUAUGAAGAGACUAUUAAAUUGGAGUUUAAAAAAGGUCAAAUGGAAAAGACCCAAUUUGAAAAUUUCCCUUCAAAAAUCAUUUUCCACAUUGAACUCGCCAAUGAUAGAGACAAUGUUCAUGAGGGUUUCGUAGCUUUGAAUAUCUCUUACUUUUUAGGUGAAUUAAAAUCAAAGUAUAGAUGUUGCAUUGGUGUCGAGGGUGAGAUUGGCAAUGGUAAAAGCACCUGCUUGAAUGGUUUCGUCAAUCUUUUCAACCCAGUCGGCGAAUUGGAAGAAUACUUCAAUGCAAAUCGUACAUCGGGCACUCAUGUCACCACCAGCAUCAACAAUACAUCACUCAAGGAGAUCCUAUCUGCAAAACAUUACAUUCAUCCAGUUCAAGAGUCAUUCCAUGAUAUUGAUAUCGCUUGGUCCGAUUCUUGGGGUUUCGUCGAUACCGAUGUCCAAUUGAGACAUAAGGCCGAGGGUAGAAUUCAUCAUGGUACUAAAAAGGAUGAAUGCACCAUCUUGCAACCAGACGACCGUUAUCGUAUCGACUGUUUCAUCUUUGUCGUCUCCAUUAGAAAUUUCACCAAUCCCGCUUCAAUGCAAAGAAUUGAAAAGAAGAUUAAAGAAGUACUCCAAAUGAAUAUUACACCUUUAUUGGCUAUCACUUUCUCUGAUACCCUCUCAAAGAAUCAACUUCAAGAUGUAAUGAAAAAUAAAGUUGCCGAAUUAUCAGUUCAAGAGUCAAAUACCUUUAUCAUUAGUAAUUACACUGAAAAAGAAACUCAUAAAGAUAUCUCUAAAGAUGUUCAAUAUCUUAGAUUAUUAACCAAAGCAGUUCAAUUGUGUAAAGUUAAAAAUGAAAAAGAUAUAAUGAACAAAGUUAAAGGUAUUUCAAAUUUAUCAAUUAAUGAUAAUAAUAAUAGUUUUAAUCAAACUCCAAUUAAAAAUCAACCUUUUUUUGAAUCAUCAUCAACUUCUUCACCUUCACCAGCUUUCUUUAGAUCACCAAUUCAACAACAACAACAACAAACCUCUACCACUUCAACUCAAUCACCAUCACCAUCAUCUUCAUCAGCAUCAACACCACCACCACCAUCACAAAUGCUUAAUGAACAACCAAGUAAAACUAUCAAUGUAACUAUUGAUGUAGUUACUGAUUCAAGUGGUACCGUUUUAACUUCAUUCGAAAUUGAAUCUUCAACAAAUGAAUCUGUCUCUGAAUUAAAAUGUAAACUUAUUAAUGAAAUUGAUCCUGAAAUGAAUGCUAAUGAUUGGAGUAUUACAAAAGAAUCUGGUACAGUUUUAUUCGAAUCUGCAAGAUUAUCAUCCAUUAUUAAAUCUUUUGAUAAUUCAGAUUCCAUUAAAUUGGUUUUAAAGAAAAAACAAAAAUUAUUUUAA